GUAAUUAUGACAAGAAGGUUUGUGAGCACUUAGCUAUAUAAAUGGUUGGCCGGUGUGGUGGGAAAUCAGUUUUUGGGUUACCUUCCAGAGGAUAGCAUUCAAGCAACUUCAUAUUCAACAUGGAUUUCCACUACAUGCCCGGAAGCGGUGGAUGCCGCACCAUCUUGAUGCUGGCGAAGGCUUUGGGCCUGGAACUGAACAAGAAGCUGGUGAACGUUAAGGCGGGUGAGCAGAUGAAGCCGGAGUUCCUGAAGCUGAAUCCUCAGCACACCAUUCCCACGCUGGUGGACAACGGAUUCUCCAUCUGGGAGUCCCGUGCCAUCGCCAUUUAUUUGGUUGAGAAGUACGGCAAGGACGACUCCCUCUACCCGAAGGAUCCUCAGAAGCAGGCUGUGGUCAACCAGCGCUUGUACUUUGAUUUGGGAAGUCUAGCGGAAUCCUUUUCCAAGUAUUACUAUCCCAUUUUCCUAACCGGCAAGCCGGGAUCCGAUGAAGACCUGAAGCGCAUCGAGACUACCUUUGGCUUCCUCAACACUUUCCUCGAGGGUCAGGACUACGUUGCUGGCGAUCACCUCACCGUAGCCGACUUCGCCAUCCUUUCCUCUGUGUCCACCUUCGACAUCGUUGAAUUCGACAUUACCAAGUACCCCAAUGUGGACAGAUGGUACCAGAAUGCCAAGAAAGUCACUCCUGGAUGGGACGAGAACUGGGAAAGUCUCCUGGAAAUGAAGGCUUACUUCGAAAGCAUUUUGGCCAAAGAAGCAAAGAACUAAUCACUUGACCGAAAGCAGUAUUAUCCGUUUCUCUCUUAUAUUUGUAAAUUGAAAA